CGCAUACACCAAAAAUCCACUUUACAAACGGUAACACGAUCGAACUGCAACAGAGACAUGUAUAAAGCUAGUCGGGAUUCGUGACAACGUGCGUUGGGAGUUACUUGCGUUUUCGUCGCUUGUUGUGUGCGACUUAUGUUGUUUGUGGUACCAACAACUGAUCGGGGCGAAUUGACGAACUCUCACACCUUGUCUCACCAGAUUUUUUUGGUACAAACUCUGGGAAUAUAACAAGGAGGAUCACACACCGGGUUAUUUUCAGUGUCAACAGAACUCACCAUGGCGUACAAGCAAGGCGUUGCCUGUGGAGCCAGCGUGACACUCCUCAUCGGUUCGGGGGUCUUGCUCGGCCUGUACGUGGCCUGCAGCUCGCUCUCGUGCAAGGCACUGGCUUUUUCCUUCUUUUCCCCCGUGUGGACUGGCGUUCUGCUUAUGGGAACUUCUUUUGUCGGGAUCUUCAUGUCGACAACGAAGUCGGAGAAAGGAUGCGGCGGCAUAUAUCUGUUUCUCAGCAUCUUGGGCAUCCUAGCCACGAUAGGCUGCGUGUGCCUCACGCUGUACGCGUUCUUCUGGGAGUUAACCCUGACCUUGACUUCCUCCGUGACGACUUAUACUAGGACGUCCUACGGAAGCUUCGCCACCACAACUGCCGUGGCACCGACCACGCUGGCCGCCACGCAGACCGAGCCCGGCGUGCUCUACGCAUUGUGGCUGUGCAUGAUGUGCGUGGCGUUCGUGUUGAGCAUUGUGACCUGCGUGACGUCAUGCCAGUACUGCUGCUGCUGCCAGGAGCCAGUCGUGAGCGAGCAGAGAAUCGUUGUGUUGACACAAGGCCAAUCGCCCCAGAACAUCUUUUUGGAAAACACCAACACAAUCGUGAAUCAACACCAUCCACAGGCCAUAGUCCUGAACACCAUGCAGCAAACGAGCAAUCAGCAUUACUUCCAACAGCCGUACCCGGUAGCACAGCAACCCUUUCCGGGGCACAUGACGGUCCAGCAACCCGUUGCCUUCCAGCCGCCCCCACCGUACUCCGCGGUGGCAUCUACGGGUCCUCCCUGCCAUCCCCAACCUACUCCCGUGGCCUCACCUCCGCAGCAACAACUCGCCCCACCGCAACAGCAGCAAUGUGCACCACACGCGCAACCUUCAGCCCCACAUUCCCCUGCCAAUCAAACCCAUCCCCAUCCGCCGCGUCCAAGUGGGUCGCAACCCAGUCGAAAUGAGCUCAUCGACAGCCAACCGCCACACUCCGCCCGGCCAAGCGACAGUAGCACACCGUCCGCGAGUGUUUACCAGCCGCUGAUCCAUGAAACUCGCCAAGGGACGGCGCCGGACAUACAGCACUCCUAUGAAGAAAACCCACAGUUUACCGGCGAGGAAGACUACGGCCACUCGUACACCUACAUCGACGCCGGGCCAGCCACCAAUUCAACGGUUCAUCGCAGCAACUACAACCCUCAGCCUACCCCUUCUGUUGCCGACGAUGGGAGUUACAUCGAACCCGCCACAGGCGGUGAGUCUUCAACACAGGCGGACAGUCAGCUGUACGACUACGUUGAACCGCCGUCGGACGAGGAGUACGACGACACCCAGGUCGACCCGAAUCCAAGUGCCACUCCAGCGGUCGACUCCUCUGAAUACGUAAACAAAGCCAUCGGAAAACGUGCGAAAAAGCCGAAACGUACGAGGUAGCUGGUCUGUCCUGUCAUUGAAUGGUAUUUAAGCACAUGAAUUAUAACGACCAUGACGCUGGUGUUGAAAGUGUGGACAACGCUGUCACCUCGCUCCAAUAUUGGGUCAUAUUUUCACCGAAUGGGGGGGGGGGGGCUGCAGCGACGCCAUUUUGAAUGAAUAAACGUACGCGAAUGCAAGGUUAUUUGUGUAAGUGGAAAAGUUGUCAUAAUUUAAAAAAAAUAUCAAACAAAACAAAACAAACUAAAAAAAAACCCCAAUAAAUCAAAUUAGAACAUUGUGUGAAUUUCAAGUUAGAGCAAUUUACUUCAGUUAUUGCUUCAGUGAAGGUAAUAUAGGUUUCCCGGCCAAUUCCCUAAAAUGUUCAUUCACUUCUGAAAAUCGAUCAUUCACUUUCGUCUGAAUUCGAAUUCACGUCCUUAAUCCCAUUUCAAUUCCACGAAAGUUCAAUCGUUUUCAUUGUCUGUGCAUUCGGUU